UUUUCCAUGAGUUCACUGCGGGACCCUUGAACCCCAAUUUGGAGGUAACCCACUGCUCGGGGUGCUGUUGUCAAACCCCAGACAGCUGAGAAUCACGUGACAUGACGUGUCGACAGCAUGGCGGCGCUGAGCUGAGGUAGCGACUCGACUGGACUGACACCGAUAGCCUGGCUUUCGUUAGCUUUCCUUGACACCUGCUCACUCGCAGGGCCAGGCCGAAAAUGACGGCCUGAGAGAGAAGCUGUAACAAGACCAAGAGAUGCAGCAGCAACAACAACAGCGGCCACCACAGCAGCAGCAGCACUCACAGUCGAAGGCAGAAAACAGUAAAACCAAGAGCAUGUUUCUGUCCAGGGCGCUGGAGAAAAUCCUCUCGGAUAAGGAGGUGAAGAGGAGCCAGAACAGCCAGCUGCGCAAAGCCUGUCAGGUGGCGCUCGAUGAAAUCAAGGCAGAGCUUGAAAAACAAAAGGAUGGCACAGUGGUUCCACCCAGAGCCAACUACAUCGAGGCUGACAAAUAUGUGCUGCCCUUUGAGUUGGCCUGUCAGUCAAAGUCCCCCCGGAUAGUUAGCACCUCUUUGGACUGUCUGCAGAAGCUGAUCGCGUACGGCCACAUCACAGGCAAUGCCCCGGACAGCCGAACCCCAGGCAAGAGGCUGAUCGACCGGCUGAUGGAAACCGUCUGCAACUGCUUCCAGGGCCCGCAGACCGAUGAGGGAGUCCAGCUACAGAUCAUUAAGGCCCUGCUGACGGCAGUGACCUCCCCGCACAUAGAGAUUCACGAGGGUACCGUGCUCCUUACCGUCAGAACCUGCUACAACAUCUACCUGGCCAGCCGCAACCUCAUCAACCAGACCACCGCUAAGGCCACACUCACACAGAUGCUCAAUGUUAUCUUCACACGCAUGGAAAACCAGGCUGCUCUGGAGGCUCAGGAGCAGGAGAAGGAACGGCUUCGUCUGCCUCAGCAGAACCCGUCCCCAGUCCCAGGUAAUCGGAGGUCCGGCUCCCCCCGGUCUGACCGGACACCCACUCCGGAACCCCAGAACUCCCCGUCCCCAGCAGCCAGUUCUCCAGACCUCACUACCACCAACACCACCAGCUCCACGCCCCCACCUCCAGCCCCUGACGUGGACCAGGACCAAGCACCAGACACACCAUCAAUCAAUGGAGAACCUGAGGGCGGCAACGCUCCGAUGAAUGGAGGAGAGGAACAGAUCACACCAUCAAGAGAUUCUGUUUUUGAAGAUGAAGGUGUAGAGACACCUCCUACAGCAGCUGAGCCAGCUGAGGAAGGGGACAAACCAGAGAGCAAUCCAAAUCCAGCAGCAACUGAAGGGGAGGAGGGAGAACAACAAGGAACAGGAGGUGAGCACCACCCUGUUGAUGAGCAGACUGAAGUGGCUCCCCCCAGAGUCAGAACAGAGGGUCAGCAGAUGAACGGCAUCAUUGAGGACCGCUCUUCUGUUUCCUCCACAGAUAUGCUGGAUGCUGAGACUCUGCAGGGACCCCACAGUGCCGCCCGAUUCUCUCACAUCCUGCAGAAAGAUGCCUUUCUGGUGUUCCGCUCUCUGUGCAAACUCUCCAUGAAGCCUCUUGCUGAUGGACCUCCAGACCCAAAGUCCCAUGAGUUGCGGUCCAAGAUCGUCUCCCUGCAGCUGCUGCUCUCUGUGCUGCAGGGCGCCGGGCCCGUGUUCCGCACUCACGAGAUGUUCGUCAACGCUAUCAAACAGUAUCUGUGUGUGGCACUGUCCAAAAAUGGCGUCUCCUCUGUGCCUGAGGUCUUUGAGCUUUCACUGGCAAUCUUCCUCACCUUGCUCUCCCACUUCAAGGUCCACCUGAAGAUGCAGAUUGAGGUGUUUUUCCGGGAGAUUUUCCUGACCAUCCUGGAGACAUCGACCAGCUCCUUCGAGCACAAGUGGAUGGUUAUCCAGACACUAACACGCAUCUGUGCAGAUGCCCAGUGCGUGGUUGACAUUUACGUGAACUAUGACUGUGACUUGAAUGCAGCCAACAUCUUUGAGCGCCUUGUCAAUGACCUGUCUAAGAUCGCUCAGGGCAGAAGUGGUCAGGAGCUCGGGAUGACUCCACUGCAGGAGCUGAGCCUACGAAAGAAGGGUUUGGAGUGUCUGGUGUCCAUCCUUAAAUGUAUGGUGGAGUGGAGCAAAGACAUGUAUGUCAACCCAAACCUUCAAGCUAACCUGGGCCAGGAGCAUCCAUCUGACAGUGAGGGAGGAGAGCUGAAGCUCCCAGAGCAGCUGGUGGGACGUCGAGACAGUAUCAGCUCUCUAGACUCAACUGUCUCCUCCAGCGUCACGGUUUCCCAGGCGGACCAUCCGGAGCAGUAUGAGGUCAUCAAACAGCAGAAGGACAUUAUUGAGCACGGCAUCGAACUUUUCAACAAGAAGCCAAAGCGAGGCGUCCAGUACCUGCAGGACCAGGGCAUGCUGGGUUCCACAGCUGAGGACAUCGCCCAGUUCCUACACCAGGAGGAUAGACUGGACACUACCCAGGUGGGAGAAUUCCUGGGCGAGAACAUCAAGUUCAACAAAGAGGUGAUGUACUGCUACGUGGACCAGCUGGACUUUUGUGGGCGGGACUUUGUCUCGGCACUAAGAGCGUUCCUGGAAGGCUUCAGGCUGCCUGGUGAGGCCCAGAAGAUUGACAGGCUGAUGGAAAAGUUUGCUGCUCGAUACCUAGAGUGCAACCAGGGACAGACUCUGUUUGCCAGUGCAGACACUGCCUACGUGCUGGCAUACUCAAUCAUUAUGCUCACCACUGACCUGCACAGUCCUCAGGUGAAAAACAAGAUGACAAAGGAGCAGUACAUCAAGAUGAAUCGUGGUAUUAAUGACAGUAAGGACCUGCCUGAAGAGUAUUUAUCCUCCAUAUACGAUGAGAUUGCAGGCAAGAAGAUCGCCAUGAAGGAGAGCAAAGAGUUCUCAAUCACUCCAAAGUCCACCAAGCAGAGUGUAGCCAGUGAAAAGCAGCGGCGUCUGCUGUACAACAUGGAGAUGGAGCAGAUGGCGAAGACUGCCAAAGCUCUGAUGGAGGCUGUGAGCCACGCUCAGGCCCCUUUCUUCAGCGCUACACACCUGGAGCAUGUGAGACCCAUGUUCAAGCUGGCUUGGACGCCCUUGCUGGCAGCGUUCAGUGUGGGCCUGCAGGACUGUGACGACCCAGAGGUGGCGUCACUGUGUCUGGAGGGCAUUCGAUGCGCCAUCAGGAUCGCCUGCAUCUUCAACAUGCAGUUGGAGCGAGACGCUUAUGUCCAAGCCUUGGCCAGAUUCACCCUGCUGACAGCCAGUUCCAGUAUCACAGAGAUGAAGCAGAAGAACAUUGACACCAUCAAGACCCUGAUCACAGUGGCACACACUGACGGAAACUACCUGGGAAACUCUUGGCACGAGAUCCUGAGGUGUAUCAGUCAGCUGGAGCUUGCUCAGUUGAUCGGCACAGGGGUAAAGACACGCUACAUCUCGGGGGUGGUCCGGGACAGGGACGUCAGCAUCAAGGGCUUACCCUCCGGAACAGAGGAGUUCAUGCCCCUGGGGCUGGGUAACUUGGUGGGAAGUCAGGACAAGAGACAGAUGGCUCACAUCCAGGAGUCAGUAGGAGAGACCAGCUCUCAGAGUGUUGUGGUAGCUGUGGACAGGAUCUUCACUGGUUCCACCAGACUAGAUGGAAAUGCCAUUGUGGACUUUGUGCGGUGGCUGUGCGCGGUGUCCAUGGACGAGCUGGCCUCAGCACACCAGCCGAGGAUGUUCAGCUUGCAAAAGAUUGUGGAAAUCUCAUACUAUAACAUGAACCGCAUCAGGCUUCAGUGGUCUCGCAUUUGGCAGGUCAUAGGAGACCACUUCAACAAGGUGGGCUGUAACCCCAAUGAGGAUGUAGCCAUCUUUGCUGUGGACUCACUGAGGCAGCUCUCCAUGAAGUUCUUGGAGAAAGGAGAGCUGGCCAACUUCCGCUUCCAGAAAGACUUCCUCAGGCCUUUUGAGCACAUCAUGAAGAAGAACAGGUCCCCCACUAUCAGAGACAUGGUGAUCAGGUGUGUGGCUCAGAUGGUGAACUCUCAGGCGGCCAACAUUCGUUCAGGUUGGAAGAACAUCUUCUCAGUGUUUCAUCAGGCAGCCUCCGACCACGAUGAGACCAUAGUGGAGCUUGCCUUCCAGACCACUGGGCACAUUGUCAUGAACACCUUCCAGCAGCACUUUGCAGCUGCUAUUGAUUCGUUCCAAGAUGCAGUGAAGUGCCUGUCGGAGUUUGUGUGCAACGCAGCUUUUCCUGACACCAGCAUGGAGGCUAUCAGACUCAUACGACACUGCGCUAAAUACGUCUCAGAAAGGCCACAGGCCCUGAGGGAAUACACCAGUGAUGACAUGAAUGUUGCCCCUGGAGAUCGGGUGUGGGUUCGUGGCUGGUUUCCUAUUCUCUUUGAGCUCUCUUGUAUCAUCAACCGCUGCAAGCUGGACGUCCGGACCAGAGGUCUCACAGUCAUGUUUGAGAUCAUGAAGAGCUACGGUCACACCUUCGAGAAGCACUGGUGGCACGACCUCUUCAGAAUCGUCUUCCGCAUCUUUGACAACAUGAAGCUCCCCGAGCAGCAGACAGAGAAAACCGAGUGGAUGACGACAACAUGUAACCACGCUCUGUAUGCCAUCUGUGACGUGUUCACCCAGUUUUAUGAGCCUCUCAGUGAAAUCCUGCUGGCUGACAUUUUCACACAGCUACAGUGGUGUGUCAGGCAAGACAACGAGCAGCUGGCUCGAUCAGGGACAAACUGUCUGGAGAACCUGGUGAUUCUUAAUGGGGAGAAGUUCAGCCCUGAGGUCUGGAACAUCACCUGCUCCUGUAUGCUGGAGAUCUUCCAAAACACCAGCCCUCAUGCUUUGUUGACUUGGCGACCGGCUGGACAAGAAGAAGAAACCACAGAUGGCAAGCAUUUUGAUGCUGAUUUUGACAGCCUGUCCCAGAGCAGCUACGACAGAGCUCUAUCUGAGAGAGGACACAGCCAGAUGUCCAGCGACGACACCUGGAAGAGCAAGUCCAAUGCUAGAGUUUCAGACCAGAAGCUGUUUGCAGGCCUGCUGAUCAAAUGCGUGGUACAGCUUGAACUAAUCCAGACAAUAGACAACAUUGUCUUUUACCCAGCAACCAGCAAGAAGGAGGAUGCUGAGAACAUGGCUGCUGCGCAACGAGAUGCUCUGGAAGAAUCGGAGGCUGAGGGAGUCUACGCAGGCUCAGAACAGGGUAUGUACAGACACAUGACCUCUGCGCACCUCUUCAAGCUGCUGGAUUGUCUGCUUGAGUCGCACACCUUCGCCAAGGACUUCAACUCCAACAACGAACAGAGGACAGCACUCUGGAGGGCAGGCUUUAAAGGGAAAUCUAAGCCCAACUUGUUGAAGCAGGAGACCAGCAGUCUUGCCUGCAGCCUGAGGAUCUUGUUCAGGAUGUACUCUGACCUGCAGCUGCAGGACUCCUGGCCUGACAUCCAGACACGCCUGCUGCUCGUGUGUAGUGAAGCUCUGGCCUACUUCAUCAGUCUGACCUCAGAGAGCCACAGAGAGGCUUGGAACAGCCUGCUGAUGUUACUGCUCACCAGGACGCUACGGCUGCCCGAUGACAAGUUCAAGCCCCAUGCCUCCUGCUACUACCCCCAACUGUGUGAAAUGAUGCAGUUUGACCUGAUCCCCGAGCUGCGAGCAGUCCUCAGGCGCUUCUUCCUGCGCAUCGGCCUCGUCUUCCACAUCGCUGCUCCCGAGGUGGCGCCCGCCAGAACUCCCACAUCCUAGAAUGAGUGGGUGCAGAGUUGGGUGGAGGGACAGAUGGAGAAACGGAGAUGACACUGAUGAGUAGAUCACAGGUGGACACAUAAGAGACUUUCCCCCUCUUCUAGACUGGAACAGAUUACGGAGGGGCUGCAAUGGCAGGAGGGAGACGACCAAGACUGUAGCUUUUCUGUCUCAGUUCAGGAGUUUGCAUUAAAGUGUUCGGCUUUUCUACUGCACUCAGCUUGUAGAAAAGUUUCACCCUGUCCUUCCUCCCUUUUUUCUCUCGGGGAUGAACAGCACUGUGACCGGCACUCUCUGCUGACUGUUGUCAUUCAUCAUCCCCCUGACUCUCAUCUCAAACUGUAAUGACAAGAAAAGAACUGUAAACAAAUAAUUUAUUGAUAUUGUACCUGAUUUUGAUGGUUUGUUUUUUCUGUUUUGUUUUGUUUUUUUUUUUAACAAAAAAAGUGUCUCUACAUGCUGAAAGCAAAUGAACGAAAGCAUUGAAUUUGAGGAACCUUACAUUUGCCCUUUGUGAAAAAUCCCUUUUGGCCGCCUGUGCCUGUUAUAAAAUUAUAACAUCAUCAGUUUCGCCCUCAUAGUGAGUUUGGUGAUCUAAUCAAAAUAUCUUGUGAUAUCUCACAUGUUGAUGCCCAUCGCAAAGUAGUGUUUGCCACUUUAAUGUUUAUGUUCCUUUUUAUGUCUGCAUUGUUUGGUAGUGGGCUCAAGAGGCUGAAACUCUCAGCUGCGGGAGAAAACAAUCUGCAUCUCUUACAACACUAUGGGAGAUGUAAUGCGGCUUUGUUUGUGACGCGUCCGCUCUCUGUGACACAACCGUCCUGUCAUCUUUAUAAUUCCUUACCUGUAAAAGAGAUUUUACUUAUUUAUUUUGCUCACUUGCUUUAAUUUCUUUUAUGAUUACUUUUCAGCAUGAUUGCUGGUUUACAAUGAAAGGUUGGUUGAAAGACUUGCUACUUCCCUCUACCAUGCAUUCCUCUGUGUUGACCCAGUAAGCCUUACACUGAAGGACUUAACAUGGAGUCAACUCCUCUUGGCUUUAGAAUUAUAGCUGGCUCAUAAAACCCCCCACUAAUCCAUCAGUUGGCCCUGUAAGGUGACACAGUGGUUGUCCAUUUCCCACAGUCUUUUGCACAUCCGUUGCCGACAGUUUUCUCAUGUAUUAAUACCACCCAGUGCAUCACCUUGCUCUGGAUGGUUGGAACGCCUGUCAGUGUUGUCACAUUCAACAGUAGAGUUUAACCACAGAAAGGUUCAGGAACAGAGCGAAACCAAAACACACAUCUACAGAGACACUCUGUAACUCUGGAUCCCUCAUAGGUUAUUCCAUGCCUUUUUUAAAAAAGAAGGAUGUAUGUAAUUAUUUAAAGUGCAUUUAAAUAUUUUUUGAGAAGCAUUCCUUCCCUCGCAACUAUGGAUGUCUACUUUUCUUCCCUAAUGCUAGGGAAUAUAUAAAUAUAUAUAUAUACAGUAAAUGAAAAAAAGCAGACUGUAAAGUUUUCAAUGUAAGAUACAUAGAAAUGAAAGUGCUAUACGGUUCUAUACAUAAUAUUGUGAUGUAAUCUUCCAAACAUUUGGUGAAGUAAUCAAUAAACCCGAAUUCUGAUCCA